AUGAGAAUCAUCCACGGGUCUGGUUACUCGGACGAUGACAAGAGGGGGUUCAUUAAACUGGUAUAUCAAAACAUUUUCAUGGCCAUGCAGUCCAUGAUCCGGGCGAUGGACCUCCUCAAGAUCCAGUAUGCCGCAUCUUCGAAUAUAGAGAAAGCCGAACUCGUGCGAAGCGUGGACUUCGAAACAGUUACAACGUUUGAAAGUCCAUACGUAGAAGCAAUCAAAGAUUUAUGGGCAGAUAGUGGUAUCCAAGAGUGUUACGACCGUAGGCGAGAAUAUCAGCUCACAGACUCCGCUAAAUCCCUCGCGUAUCAGGUAUUGAGAACACGAUGUUUCAGUUACCUAUUGGAGAUAGAUCGAGUCGCAGCACCAGACUACCUCCCAACAGAACAGGACAUUCUUCGUGUGAGAGUGCCUACUACUGGUAUAAUUGAAUAUCCUUUUGACUUGGAAGAAAUUCGAUUUAGUUAUCUUAGUGACCUAGAACGUAUCGAAAAGCCUGACUUCCUUCCUAGCGAACAAGACAUUCUUCGGGCUCGAGCUCCUACUACUGGCAUUAUAGAAUAUCCGUUUGAUCUGGACUCCAUCAUAUUUAGGAUGGUAGACGUUGGUGGACAGAGAUCAGAAAGAAGGAAGUGGAUUCACUGUUUCGAGAAUGUCACUUCUAUUAUCUUUUUAGUAGCUUUAAGUGAAUAUGAUCAAAUUUUGUUUGAGUCGGAAAAUGAGAAUCGAAUGGAAGAAAGUAAGGCAUUGUUCAAAACAAUUAUUACAUAUCCUUGGUUUCAACAGUCCUCUGUUAUUCUGUUCCUAAACAAGAAAGAUCUGCUCGAAGAGAAGAUUAUGUACUCUCAUCUUGUUGACUAUUUUCCUGAAUAUAAUGGGCCUAAACAGGACUCUGUACCAGCCAGAGAAUUCAUCUUAAAGGUGUAUCUUAGUACGAAUCCCGAUCCUGACCGCAUGUGCUACUCUCAUUUUACGUGUGCAACAGGCCCACAAAGAGAUGCCAUACCUGCUAGAGAAUUCAUUUUACAGAUGUUUGUCGACUUGAAUCCAGAUAUUGAGAAAAUUAUAUAUUCACACUUUACGUGUGCUACAGGUAGGUUGUUAAUAAUUGAUGCUAAUGUGCAUUUGUUUUUGCUUUUUAAUAUUAUGUAUGUUGUGCAAGAUGAUUUGCAUGUUGCCUAUUCUUCAACAGGUGCGUAAUUUUUAUCCUAAUGAUUUACCUUAAGAAAAUCAGUCUAUAUACUGUUGUGUUUAUUAUUAAUUUAAGACAAUGAUUUAAGUAUAUAUUUUUGACAUCAGAUUGAUUUUCUGUCUGAUUUGAUAUUUAAAAUUGAAACUAACAUUGAUACGUGUUUUGUUAUUGCAUGCUGCAAUUAUGGGAUUAAUCAUCAGAUACAGAAAACAUUAAGCUUGUAUUUUGUGCUGUUAAAGAUACAAUUAUGCAAACUGCACUUAAAGAAUUUAAUCUUGCCUAAUGGACAACUUUUUCAUUUAUAUAUGAUAUUUAGAUAACGUGUUUGUUUUAUCGAGGAUGUAUACAGAUUUUUUUAUAAAAUGACUGUUAAUGUUUAACGAAAUGUUGGUAAAUCAAAUAGAAUAAUAUAUAUACUAGUGUAAAAUUUUAAGACUGCCACUCUUUUCUCUGGAAUUAUUUUGACGAAGUAAUCAUAAUAACAAAAUUGUAACUGAAGAAGUAAAGUGUAUUGAAAAAAAAAACUUGAUUUAUUAGUAUUAUGGAUCAAAUAGUUUUUUAGUAAUACUAUUUUAUUUCAAUAGUAAAAGAAAAUAUUUUAAUUUAUUUAGCAAAAUUCGAAAUAAUGGCCAUAAAAUGUAAAUAUAUUUUAAUUAUGCAAAACGGAGUGUAGAAAGACUUAGAUUAGUAUGGCCAAUUUCAUAAUUGUAUUUAAUUUUAAUUUGUAAGUGCCAAUCAUAAAGUUAUGGGAAGGAAUACUAUGCUCUGCACAAAGUUUCAAUGCAUGAAUUAUACAAACCAUAUUUAUUUGCACAUACUGUUUGAUUAUAAUUUAGCAAUUUCUUAAGUUUCUAAAUUUAAUUAAACAAGUUUGAAAAAAGUGCUAAUAAGGAUUGUAUGUAUUCUUUCAACAGUAGAUUUCUUUAACUUAUUAAUUCAUUUAACAAAGCACAGUUAAAUAUACAAAACAUUAAUGUACCGCCCAAAACAAUUAAAAGAUCAUAUUCCAUUCAUUUUGAUUUUAUAACCAGUUCAUGUUUUUGAAUAACAUUUCAAUCUAUCAAGCUUAUAGGAUUUCCUUCUAUCUAUUUGCUUGAUCGAUGUAACAAAAUUCUUCAUAAUAACAUUCUCUAAUUGUUUCAAGCAGUGUAUAUUUCAUGUUUGUGGGAGUGUGGAACUUUAUUCUUUAAUGGCAUGUGAUAAUUAUUAUAUUACAUACAGCUUUCCUUCCUUUUAUAUAUACUUUUGUAAAACUUCUGCAAUUAAUUGUAUCUUCUAUAAUUUGUUACUUUCAAAAUCAUCAUUUGUUAAUGAUAAGGAUUAUAGAAAUUGUUAAAAAUGUAUGUGCUUCAGUUAUUUAAUUUAAAUAUAUCAUUAUGCAAUAUAAUUAAUUUGUUUAAUGAUUCCUACAAUAUGAAUUAUGUAUUAUAUAUGCGUUGGUGUUUUUUAUGAAUUUUUAUAAAAAAAUAAAAAUUGCACGUCGCAUGUGUCAAUUCUAAACUUAUCCUCAUCUUUUACUCCCUGGUAAGUUUACUUAUAUAUUCUUCAAUGGAAAAUAGUAAUUAUUAAAAGUUUUAACAUUUCUAAAAAAUUUUUAAUGGCUACUAAUGGCUUUUUGCUCAAUUAACUCAAUAACUAUAUUAUUGUUGUGUUCAACUUCGUAAGUUAUAAAUGUUUACACUUUUUUUUCUCUUACAGAUACAGAAAACAUCAGAUUUGUAUUUGCAGCAGUGAAAGACACUAUUCUACAGUUAAACUUAAAAGAAUAUAAUCUGGUUUAG